AUGAAAGAGGGAAGACAUGAGAUGUAUUUGAAGAGGGGGAAGAAGUUUGAUGAGCGGAAGGAUAAGGUUAGUUUUCCGCAAGGUUCCGCGCGGAAGCUUGCGGUUUACACUCACCCAAAGCACUCGCCCAAAGCGCUCUAGACUUAGGGUUCACAUAGGGUUCAAGGCGUGGCCGCUGCGCGGAAGAUAGUGCCGCUGACGCGGAAGCUUGCGGUCUACACUCGCGCAAAGCGCUCGAGCUCUAGGCUUAGGGUUGAAGGCUUGGCCGCUGCGCGGAAGACAGUGCCGCUGACGCGGAACCUUGCGGUUUACCCUCGCGCAAAGGGCUCGAGCUCUAGGCAGGGUUCAGAGGGUUCAAGGCGUGGCCGCUACGCGGAAGACAGUGCCGCUGACGCGGAAGCUUCGGCCACGCCUGGAACCCUGUGAACUCUAGCCUAGAGCUCGAGCGCUUUGCGCGAGUGUUGACCGCAAGCUUCCGCGGGAGCGGCACUAUCUUCCGCGCAGCGGCCACGCCUUGAACCCUCUGAACCCUAAGCCUAGAGCUCGAGAGCUUUGCGCGAGUGUAGACCGCAAGCUUCCGCGUCAGCGGUACUGUCUUCCGCGUAGCGGCCACGCCUGUGAACCCUAAGCCUAGAUUUUUUCCAGAAUCUCGAAUUCACGCGUCGAAAAGUGGAACUCGCAUCUCCGGCUGAUUUCCAACACGAUCUCAUUCCACAUUCAACACAGGAAACUAGUUCAGAUGAUGGUGAGCUUAACAUUUUUGAAACAGUGAAUUUUUUCGCGCCCAAAAAAAUUCCAGCAAAAAGUUUCAGACCGCGACUCGAUUCUGGAUCCGUUCGUUUUCAGCGACGCCGAACUUCCGGAUGAGGAUUUGGGAGAGCUGAAGUUGAUUCCAACUGUCGAUUCGCAGAUUUUGAAACAUGUUCGACAUCGGGCGCGGGAUGAGAUGGAUUGUUUGAAGAGUCCGGAGCCAUAUACGGUAAGAUUUGGCGGGAAAACAUUCAAACAACACUCCGCAUUUAUACCUAGACUAAUUAAAGGUGGAGUACGAGGAAAAAACAAGUUUCAAUCAUUCCCGGGUUCUUACUACACUUUGGAAAUGUCCGUUUACUAAAAAAAUUGCGAAAAAAGAGCAUCGGAGAAAAAAACAAAGAGAAACAGCAGUCGGCAUUUUCGCAUGUAGUGGGCAAACGCGCUCUAGCGAACAAGUGCGAAAUUCAAAUUUUUAGCAAAUAAUUUUUGUUUUUUUUUUGUUUUUUUUCAUUUUGAAGUCAUAAUUACGAGUAUUUUACAGCCAAAGAACGAUGAACGAUCAUUUUUGCACAUACUGUGGCCUUAAAGGAAAGUAUUUCGAAAUGAAAACAGUAACAACGAGUAAGAAGCAAUUGGAAAAUGGAUUGAAAAAUUGGGAGUUGAAUUUGCGAAAAAUGUGAGAAUGUAUGGUCGCCCUUUACAUUUGCCGAUCUCAUUUUGUUAGAGAUAGUUUUGGACGUGUCCCAGCAUUGGCAUUACCAAAACCUCUGCCAUUCUCCUCAAACUUUGCUGAAAACGUGGUUAUGACAAAUUCAACUUCGAAAUCAGACAAAGAAAUUGCGGUUGCUUCAACUUCGAAAUCAGACAAAGAAAUUGCGGAUGUAUCUGAAGUUGUAGAAAUUCAAGAAAAAACCGAUGAUGCUGAAGAUUUAUCAAAUUUGUCAGAUGAAAGCGGAUAUGAUUUGAUUCAGCAACAAGUCGAGGCAGUAAAAGAUCCAAAUUAUCAACCGAGCACUUCUGAAUAUCGACAAAUUUUGGAUGAUGAAAGUUUUGAUAAUGAUUUUGACCAGACAGUCGACGAGAAGGAGUCAGAUAUCGAUUUUGUGCUCGUCUCUUUUCAACUUUUAUUGCCCUUGAUUUUAAAAUGCUACAGUUGUUUUUCAAUUGCAAAUUACAAACUGUCGAAAUUCGGAGCUGUUUUGACAUUUGAUUGCACGUGUGAAUGUAGCAGGACUUGGAGAUGGUCUACCAGUCAGAAAGUGAAGAAAACGACAAUACAAGUUCGAAAAGAUUUGAGCUGAAUGUUUCUUUGACAACGGCCGCUGUUACAAUCGGAUUGUCGUAUUCGGUAUGUUUUGAAUCUUUAUAACUAGAAAAAAUGAAAUUCGAUUUUUUCAGAACAUCAUGUCAAUCUUCAGCGUAGUCAGAGCACCAUUUAUUUCAAAAACCACUUUUUAUGAAACCAGAAGGCUUGGAGUCGUACCAGCGAUCAAUAAGGUUUUCAUGGAGCAGAGACAAAAAAUUAUCAAGAUUUUGAAACAAAUCGUAAGUUUUUUUUGUGAAUUUUGCUUUUCUGAAAUUUGUAAAAAAAAAAAAUACGCCAACACAAAAAUUUCGGAAAUUGUGAUAAAACUUUGAUAAUGUUUGCCUCUAAUUUCCCAGAAAAACUAACUCAUCAAAAAACUAAAACAGUUUUUAAAAAUUAUUCAAAUUGAGGAGAAAAUAUUGAAAUUUUACUAAAAUAUAAUCUUUAAUCAUAAAAAUGACGUGAAAUGAAAAAGUGUUAUUUCUUACAAUUUAGAAUAUUCCGAUUGAUGCGGCUGGUGAUGGAAUGUACGAUUCUCGCGGUUAUUGCGCAUUCUGGUGCCGGUACAUUAUCAUUUGCACGCUCACAAAGUUCGUUUUACAUUACAAAAAUGUGAGGAAAACGGCAGGAAGUGAGUUUCAAACCAGAAAAAUCGAACAAUUUUUCAAAUUUUAUAGAAGGAUCAAAAGGACUGGAACCAAUUGCUCAGUCACAGUGUUUGUCGGAAUUGGUUGAUAUGUUGAAGGAAACUUUCGUUAAUGUAGAUCCAAUUCGAAGUUUGACGACUGAUCGCGAUUUAGCUGUGGCUGCAAACAUGAAAAAUCAGUUUCCAAAAAUCAUUCAUCGAUUUGAUCUAUGGCAUCUUAUCAGGAAUCUCACUAUGGACAUUUGGCCGAAGAAAGAUCAGAAGCAGAUGAUUCCAAUUAAACCAUGGAUUCAGGCAAUUAUUAAUAAUGUAUAUUCGUCCAUUCAAAAUUCCGGCGGAGAUCCAAUAAUUGCGAGAGAAUUGGUUAUGUCAAGCUUCGCACAUUGUCUCGAUCAACAUUCGAAUUUCCAAAAUAUCACAUGGUACAAAUUCACCAAAGUGAAUCAAUGCCGGCAUUCUCCAACUUCAACAAGUCACGUUGGAUUUUUGAAUCCUAAUAAUGUGAAGGAUAUGAAAGCUUGGGAAGCUUUGAGAAAAAUUUUUGUGAAGGGAAAUCGAUUGAAUGAUAUUGGUCAAAUUUCGGCACAUUUUAUGACAAGUGAAUGCGAGAGCUUCAACGCAUUAUCGAAAAAAUAUGCGCCCAAAGAUAAAUACUUGUGAGUUUUUCUUUUUGAGAUUGCAAAUUUUUAAAAAUUCAGUAGCAAACUCUACAAAACUUGACAUUCAAGAAUUUCCCUGCAUUUUUUCUCGAAUGCUUGAAAUCCAUAUGAAUUUCAGCCCGAAAAAUAUGAAAAUCUAAAGCCUGAAAAGUAUGACGCUAAAAAAUGUAGGACAGUUUUAAAAUUAAAAAGUUUGACUGUAGCUAAUUAUCAAUCUUUUUACAGCAGCUCACAUGAAACUACGACACGACUAGCAGUUCUUCACUGGAAUCAUUUAAAAAUUGAAGAAUUGGAGGGAAGAAGGACUGUGAUCGGUGGGAAAAGCUCGAUGAACAAAACAAAACAGCAAAAACGAGUCAAAAAAUGAAAUCUCCGUCUGACCACUCUUGGAGAAUCGAAAUCAAAAACGCAGCACUUUCAAUUUUUGGUAAGUUUUUUUUUUUACUUCUAACAUUCAGUGAACAUAUUUUUCCAGGUGAAGAACUUUCAAAGAAGUCGAAUAAUUUGCAAGAAGAGGAAAAAGAAGAAUCCAGUGACGAAGAAUUUUCUUUAGAGAAUUUGACCGACAAAGAUUACUUUGAAAAAAGGGUGAGUUAAUAUCUUUUUUUCAAAUUUCAAUCGAAAUGAUCGUGAUUUUUUAGCUUCAGCAAGUUUUCGACGAAUUCGAAUCAAGUUCAGAAAAAAGCGAAAGCGAUAGUGAUUCAGAAGAAUCAGAUGAACCAGAUGAAGCUGAUUAA